AUUGCCCAAUCACGUGUCGUAAGAGGCGGGCGCGUUGUGGGCCUGGUUUUCAGGUUUGGUUGCUGAGAGUGCCAAUACACCCUGCUGUUUGAGGUGACUUAACUGCCGAUCAGAGGAGACCACACACAACCACACCUCUUGUACAAGCAGACUUCUCUACCGGAUGGUUUUGGACACUAUGUGGAAGCGGAGAACUUUUUACGUUUGGCAUUUUUAAACGGGAUGGAUUUUGAGAACACAUAACUUUGGAUAUACGUUUUGUAUUUUUGCUGUUGGGAUUUUUUUUUUUCCCUUAAGUGGAGUUAAUCAAGUUUGAAGCUUGCUUCUGGAAGGGAACUGACUUCAAGAGCUAAAAUGGACCAAGCCAGCGGUGGGGAGGAUCCCAACAAGCCCUCUAAAAAGAAGUCCAGUGAGGAUGAGGGUAAAAACAAAAAGCUGAACAUACACAUAAAAACACUGGCUGAUGAUAUGCGUGAUCGUAUAACAAGUUUCAGGAAAACUGGCACAAAGAAGGAGAAGCCUUUUAUUCAGCACCCGACUGAUCCCAUCUCUACCCAAGCCGAACUCCCUCAGCCGCAGCCUUUCUUUGACGAGAGAUCCAUGAACCUCUCGGAAAAAGAAAUAGUUGACCUCUUUGAGAAGAUGAUGGAGGACAUGAACCUCAAUGAGGAUCGUAAAGCCCCUCUGCGUGGGAAGGAACUGGCCAUCAAGCGUGAGAUGGUGGUCCAGUACAUCUCGGCCACUGCCAAAUCUAUAACUGGGAGCAAAGUUGCGGUCACCGUGACUUUUUCCUGUGAAUUCAGCAUCUCAGGAGAGAAUCUGCAUUAAAUCUGAAACGAACGUUAUGGACGCGCCGAUCACAAUGUGAUUUUUAAAGAUCGAGGGUAAAGUUCAGCAGAGCACUACAAAGACAUAUGUUGGCUUCUAAUUGAAUUGCUGUUUGAUAACAAGCAACACAUCAUAAAGCAAGGACAGUCAGUCAUGACGCCGUUCUCUUCUGGCAAACUAAAUGUUAAAUAUUCAAGACGGAUGUAAGCAGUCGUUUGCUUUUCAACAUGAAUACUUUUGAAUUACAGAUUACAUUCUUUUAGUAGAGUUGAAUUUUUUUGUAUAGUACUUCGACAAAUGGAUUACAGGUAUGGCUCAGGUUACACAUUUUUAGUAAAAGUAAUCAAAAGUAA